AUGCCACCGCCUGAGGAGAAAACUUUGUGGCGGCCCGAGUUGAAGCGAGCGUUGAAAACGGGUUUUAUGCUCAUGUUGUGGCGUCCUGUCGAGGCGGACAUGACAGAUUCCACAACGCCGCUCCUGCUCGGUCUUCCAAGUGGAGCAUGGUUACGACGCAACUCCAUUUUUGACUGGCUCGGUGUUUGCAUUUUGCUUUUUUUUCCCUGCCUUGUGCGAUUCAUCUUCGAGCUUGCAUGCAGUUCUCUGAGUCUGCGAAAGCAGUUGGCCUGCACCAAUGGCCUGCUCCUCUUCUCCAAUUCCCUGUUGCUCGGCUCCGUCGCGUCCGUUGAGGCGUCGAGCACGGCGAAAAUCUCGCCGCUUCGCAACAAGUCUUCACUGCACUCGCUGGACGGCCAGUCUGGGGAUGGCGAUUCCGAGGUAUGA